AUGUCGUCCAUGACACAAAACCGUCUCUUCCGCGAGUACAAGACACUCUCAACAAACCCUCCGGAUGGUAUCACCGCGGGGCCUGUCUCGGAAGAUGACAUGUUCCACUGGGAAGCUCUCAUUCAGGGUCCUGAGGGCACGCCUUACGAGGGCGGAAUCUUUGCUGCAGAACUCAAGUUCCCGAAAGACUAUCCACUUAGCCCGCCUACGAUGAAGUUUGUUGGUGGUGGGGUCUGGCAUCCGAAUGUCUAUCCUAACGGAACGGUCUGCAUUUCUAUCCUUCAUCCGCCCGGCGAUGACCCAAAUCACUAUGAACAUGCGUCGGAGCGGUGGUCGCCUAUUCAGAGUGUGGAGAAGAUUCUUAUCUCCGUCAUGAGCAUGCUUGCGGAGCCAAACGACGAGAGUCCGGCGAACGUUGAGGCAGCGAAGAUGUGGAGGGAGCGGAGAGCCGAGUAUGAAAAGAAGGUCAGGGAGGAGGUGAAGAAGGGUCUGGGACUGUAA